CCACCUGCAACGAAUAGGCCAUUUGAGUGCUGUAAAAAUUGGACAUUGACGAGACAAAGUUCGAGGGCUCUGACACCUUUUCCCAAGUUCCCAGAAUCUGUUCAAUUGGCCGUGAAGAAAGCCGGACCUUAAUCAUCUUCACAAAUCAUCCCGUCCCAAAGCCGUUCAUUCUUCACAAACAUGGCCUCCGAAACCUGGAACCCAGACUCCAAGUCCUUCCCAACAAUCCACGAACUCCCCGCCAUUCCCGACGCCCCCAAAUAUGCCGCCUGGUUCUGGGGAAAAGACGACUUCCUCGGCCGACUCAACCUCUUAACUCCAACGCGAGUCAAAGCCGCAGCAGCAGAAAUCCGAACAGGUGAAAUGGCUCGAACAGACCUGCCUUUGAAUGUGCCCCAGCAACCAGCUUUCGGACGACAGCAAUUCAAACAUGAAAUCAAGCCUCUGCGAAAAGAUUAUGCGUACGAUGAUGUUUAUUCUUUGAACACGCAAAGUGGAACGCAAUGGGAUGGGUUCCGACAUGUUGCACACCAUGAUACUGGACACUUCUAUAAUUGGACCAAAGGGGCUGAUAUCGAUGGACCGGAGCCAAAUGAGAAGGCGAGUAUUCAUUAUUGGUCGCAGCAUGGGAUUGCUGGGCGGGGAGUCCUCCUCGACUACCGCAGCUGGGCCACCGAACAAGGAAUCAAAUACGACUCCGCCACAGCCCACAGCAUCACCUACGACGAUCUCUUCGCAGUCGGCAAACACCAAGGGCUCGACAUCCGCCCCGCAUCCCAAGGCGGUGACAUCCAAAUCGGCGACAUCCUCUUCAUCCGCUCCGGCUUCACAGAAGACUACUACUCCCGAACCGCAGAUCAAAACACCUCCAUCGGCCUCCGAGAAUUCUCCUUCAACGGAACCGACGAAUCCAAAUACCAAAUCUGGGCCGGCGUAAGCCAAGAAGAGAAAGUCCGCGACUGGUUACACGACUGCUACUUCGCAGCCGUGGGAGGAGAUGCUCCCGCUUUUGAACAAUUCCCUCCACCGCAAGAUGGAUCGGGUCUUCAUGCAUAUAUCCUUGCGUGCUGGGGUAUGCCGUUGGGGGAAAUGAUUGAUCUCGAACGGGUGGCGGAGUUGGCGAAGAAGAAUCAGCGGUAUACGUUUUUCUUCACGAGUGCGCCGGCGAAUGUGGUGAGGGGUGUGUCGUCGCACGUGAAUGGUACGGCGAUUUUUUGAAGAAGAUCGGAAUGCGUGCGGUGUGCGUGCGUUUGACGUAUGUCGCGUGCGAAGGUUGACCUCCUUGCUUAAGUGUGGAGUGCGGGCAGAAGAAUGUAUGCAAUGCAGUCCUUCGUGUGCAUAUGACCAAACGGAAUGGCCGCAGUGCUUGAGCAGAUGUUGAAGGUCGACCACAGCAGCUGCC